AACGUUAUCGUCCGAAAUUCUAAAUGAAUAAAUAAAUACAUGAAAAUUGUCAUGAGACGAGGCGUGUCGAGCAAAGAAUCAUAAACUAUAAACUGGACUGGGUUGAUUUGAUCCAUCUCCUCUUUUUCGUAAAACCCUAAAACGCUAAUCCCAAUUCAAUUUCAUAUUCAAAUUCAUCUCUCUCUCUCUCUCUAAUCAAUUAACCCCCCUAUGCUCUGUUUUCAUUCCAAUUUUCUUUCCCAAUUCUACUUAAUUGGGCUCCAGAUCAUCUCAUAAAAUUCACAAUUGCGAGGGUUUAGGUGCGGGCAACCAAGGCUGGCGAGUGUAGAGAUUAGGUGAUGGCGGAUCUGCCGCGUGUCCGACAAUCUAUAUCACUCAAUUUGACUUCGAAGAAAUUAGUUGUUGUACAAUUAGGGUUAGGGUUUGUGAAAUUUGGGGAUUUUGUAGUUAAUGAGUGCAAAUUAUGUUGACUGUGCUUAGAGUGCACCUUCCGUCCGACAUUCCGAUCGUAGGUUGUGAGCUUACUCCCUACGUGCUUUUGCGUCGUCCCGAUAAGUCUGCUACUACUGAUGAUAUUAACGAGUCUUCGCCUCUUGACGGUCAUUUCUUGAGAUAUAAGUGGUAUCGCAUACAAAGUGACAAGAAAGUUGCUAUUUGUAGUGUACACCCAUCUGAGCAAGCCACAUUGCAGUGCUUAGGAUGUGUGAAGGCCAAAAUUCCAGUUGCCAAAAGCUAUCAUUGCUCUCCCAAGUGUUUUUCUGAUGCAUGGCAACACCAUCGUGUACUGCAUGAGCGUGCUGCUAGUGCUUUAAAUGAAAAUGGAAAUGAGGAGGAAGAAAUAUUUGGCCGCGGACUAGCUAGUUCACAAUCUAAUUCUAAUCUGACCAGUGGUGCAGCACCAUUAUAUCCUGCUGCUGUUGCACAAAGAAGUGGUGGUGAAACUUGGUUCGAAGUUGGCCGUGCAAAAACUUAUACUCCUACUGCUGAUGACAUAGGCAAUGUCCUUAAGUUUGAAUGUGUUGUGGUAGACGCUGAAACAAAAGCACCUGUGGGACAUGUCAAUACAAUAUUAACUUCUCGUGUCAUCCCAGCUCCAUCGCCUAGUCCACGUCGCUUAAUUUCCGUCAGUGGAGUUGAUGUGACGGGGCAUCUUGAUUUAGAUGGUCGUACAGCAUCUGUGGGAAAUUUCACCGUGCUGUCUUACAACAUCCUAUCUGACAUUUAUGCUACAAACGAAGUUUACAAUUACUGCCCCACCUGGGCUCUGUCUUGGCCUUACCGCAGGCAGAAUUUAUUGCGAGAAAUAGUCGGAUAUCGUGCAGAUAUUGUCUGUCUUCAAGAGGUGCAAAGCGACCAUUUUGAGGAAUUUUUUUCCCCUGAGCUGGAUAAACAUGGGUAUCAAGCUCUCUUUAAAAAGAAAACUGCUGAGGUGUUCACAGGUAAUGUCAAUGCCAUCGAUGGCUGUGCUACUUUUUUCCGUAGAGAUCGUUUUGCACAUGUCAAAAAAUAUGAGGUUGAGUUUAAUAAAGCUGCACAAUCUUUAACUGAUGCGGUGGUUCCAACUGCUCAAAGGAAAACUGCCUUAAAUCGAUUGGUUAAGGAUAAUGUCGCACUGAUUGUGGUUCUAGAAGCAAAGUUUGGAAAUCAGGGGAUUGAUAAUCCUGGAAAGCGGCAACUUGUAUGUGUGGCCAACACACAUGUGAAUAUUCACCAAGACUUGAAGGAUGUCAAGAUUUGGCAGGUCCACACUCUCCUGAAAGGACUGGAAAAGAUAGCUGCUAGUGCUGACAUCCCCAUGUUGGUGUGUGGGGAUUUUAAUUCAGUACCCGGAAGUGCUCCUCAUGCACUUCUUGCAUUGGGUAAAGUUGAUCCUAUGCAUCCAGAGUUGGCAGUAGAUCCUCUGAAUAUCCUGCGCCCUGCCACCAAGCUGACACAUCAGUUGCCAUUGGUUAGUGCAUAUUCUUCCUUUGCGAGAAUUGGGGCAGGUCUUGGUUUUGAGCAACAGAGGAGGAGAAUGGAUCCUAAUACGAAUGAACCUUUAUUUACAAACUGCACCAGGGAUUUUAUUGGUACCCUUGAUUACAUAUUUUACUCGGCGGACUCUUUAACCGUGGAAUCUUUAUUAGAGCUUCUGGAUGAGGAUAGCUUGAGAAAAGACACAGCACUUCCUUCUCCAGAGUGGUCCUCAGAUCACAUAGCACUUCUAGCUGAAUUCCGCUGCAAGCCUCGGACUAGACGAUGACGACGAAGAUUAGGUCAGAUGUUCAUAUGGAACCACAGUCAGAUUGUACAAGCAUAGAGAACCAAUCGAUAAAGAUAGUCAAUGUAAGAAUGGUAGAUUAUGAUCUACUUUGUAUUAUGCUUCCCUUGUCUGAUAGAAAGAGACUAGUUUUUCUUGUUCAAUGGCGUUCACUUUUUACUUAAAAUAGGAAUAUAAUAUCAGCAAUACCUAUGGUGCAAGUAUAUUCUUCACACUAGCGUGGUCUAGUUUUCCACCACAAAAAGGUCUUUCUUUCUUUGCAGUCAUUAGAUUUGUUUUUUUUUUCUGGGUCAUUGUACAAUACCAAAUCUUAGCUAUUGAACAACCAAAGGCUUAUAGUGGUAGUGUAUCAUGUCUUUAGAUGAUGGGUUUGUUUUAAAUGGAAAUGGAGUUCUGAUA